CUGCUAAUGGAUCCCACGAGUUCCCCGCACCUAUCGCAAUCGGCGUUGGUCAGAAAGAAGGGAAGGGCAUCCCCAGCCUUGCAGAUGGCCCAAUCAUGACAUUGGUAUCCCUGUUCCCGCUGGUCAGGCAAGAAAUCCCAAUGACCUUCCAGGCCGGUCUGGUACCCAAGCAGGCUGGCAAACAAUUUGCCGGACGAGAAGAACGAACAAAGAGCCUCGUCGGCACGCUGCGUCAGGGAUCUCCGGCUUGGUGGUGUCCUCUCAUCUCCUCCUGUCUCCUACCUGUCAUUUCCUUUUUCUUUGUCUUUUGUCACUUUUUUGGUUUCAUUGCCUUUUUCCUUAAUCUUAUUUUUAGGUUUUAUUUGCCCAACUUUCUCCUUGGUUUGUCUCUCUGCGUGCCUACCAUCGUCUUGGAGGCCCAAUGAUUUCUCCCAGGUAAUACUGUACACUCCUGACGUCAUUAUGCCGCGACAUACUUGGCUUGCGUUCUCCCUCUGGGUGGCCCUGGCCGACUGCCUGGGGCCGGCAUGGACGGGGACUCAGGUCGACUUGACCGUUCUCAACUGGGACAGGUUGCGCGGUAUGUUCUUCGGGGACUACAUAGCGACGGUAAGCUGA